UAGCCUGCUGCUAUUAGCAUACUACUACUGGUGCCAGCCAGGCUCACUAUCGUGUCAUAUGGAUAUAUUUGGAUAUUAUAACGUGGAUAUAACGUCUCAGCUGCACCUUUGACAAAAGUGAAAGCCUUCCUCAGCGCUGACGGGUCUGUUGUUCUGUCACACCACAGCGAACACAGCAGCAGUCGGAUUGUUAUUCACAGAUCCAGACCAUCGGAGCUACAGCCGAGAAGGGAGGGGGGUCUCGCCCGACUAUGAAGCGCCAUCGUGGGCAAGAGUAGCCGCGAAAUCACGGGAGCCUCCUGUCUUGUCCUCACGGUCUCCUCCUCCUGUGUUCCUGAGUGUGUGUGUGUGUGUGACCAGUGUGUCAUCGUCCCGCGUCGUCGGCGUGCUGGCUCCCCCCUCGCCCCCGCCCCCCCCUGGCAGCCCGGUUGCCAUGGCUCCCAAGGACAUCAUGACCAACUCGCACGCCAAGUCCAUCCUCAACGCCAUGAACGCCCUCCGCAAGACGCACACGCUGUGUGACAUCACGCUACGCGUCGAGAGCGCAGACUUCCCCGCGCACAGGAUCGUGCUGGCAGCCUGCAGCGAUUACUUCUGUGCCAUGUUCACCAGUGAGUUGUCUGAGAAGGGGAAGUCGUUUGUGGAUAUUCAGGGUUUGACGGCGUCUACGAUGGAGAUUCUGCUGGACUUCGUUUACACGGAGACGGUCUUGGUUACCGUGGAGAACGUCCAGGAACUACUGCCAGCGGCAUGCCUACUGCAGCUCAAAGGUGUGAAGCGUGCGUGUUGUGACUUCCUCAAUAGUCAGCUGGACCCCUCUAACUGUCUGGGGAUUCGUGACUUUGCGGAGCUGCACACGUGCCUGGAGCUGCGGAGCGCCGCCGAGCUCUUCAGCCAGAAGCACUUCAGCGAGGUCGUGCAGCACGAGGAGUUCAUGCUCAUGGGCCAAUCAGAAGUGGAGAAGCUCAUCAAGUGUGACGAGAUACAGGUGGACUCUGAGGAGCCCGUGUUUGAGGCGGUGGUUAACUGGGUGAAGCAUAACCGUAAGGAACGGGAGCCGUACCUGUCACACAUGCUGGAACACGUACGCAUGCCGCUGCUCACGCCACGAUACAUCACAGACGUUAUAGACGCAGAGCCUCUGAUUCGCUGCAGUCUGCCGUGUCGUGACCUGGUGGACGAGGCCAAGAAGUUUCACCUGCGACCCGAGCUGAGGAGCGAGAUGCAGGGGACACGCACACAAGCACGCCUAGGGGCCAAGGAGGUGUUGCUGGUGAUUGGGGGGUUUGGUAGUCAGCAGUCUCCCAUUGACGUGGUGGAGAAAUACGACCCCAAGACACAGGAGUGGAGCUUCUUACCGAACAUAGCUCGUAAGCGUCGCUACGUGGCGACGGUGGCUCUAAACGAGCGGGUGUACGUGAUUGGAGGAUACGACGGGCGAUCGCGCCUGAGUUCUGUAGAGUGUCUGGACUACACAGCCGACGAGGACGGAGUCUGGUACACGGUGGCAACCAUGAACGUCAGGAGAGGCCUAGCAGGAGCCACCACGCUAGGAGAUAUGAUCUACGUGGCGGGGGGCUUUGACGGUUCUCGGCGCCACACCAGUAUGGAACGUUACGACCCGAACAUCGACCAGUGGAGCAUGCUGGGAGAUAUGCAGACCGCACGAGAGGGGGCGGGGCUAGUGGUGGCCAGCGGACUCAUAUACUGCCUAGGUGGUUAUGAUGGUCUGAACAUCCUGAACUCGGUGGAGCGUUACGACCCCCACACAGGACACUGGACCUCCGUUACACCAAUGGCAGCCAAGCGCUCAGGUGCGGGGGUGGCUCUCCUGAAUGACCAUAUCUAUGUGGUGGGGGGUUUCGACGGCACGUCUCACCUCUCCUCUGUGGAGGUCUACAACAUCAGGACCGACUACUGGACCACCGUCGCCGCCAUGACAACGCCACGAUGCUACGUAGGAGCCACCGUGCUGCGAGGAAAACUAUACGCCAUCGCCGGGUAUGACGGUAACUCGUUGUUGUCGAGUAUAGAAUGUUACGACCCGGUGAUUGACAGCUGGGAGGUGGUGACCUCCAUGGCGACCCAGCGCUGCGACGCAGGAGUGUGUGUCCUGCGGGAGAAAUGACCUUCACACGACCUUCACAUGACCUUCACAUGACCUUCACAUCACCACCUCACGACCUUCACAUCAUGACCUCCUGACCCCAUGACCUUGGGCCGGAGAGCGAUGGAGAGGAAGACGAGACGGACGAAGAGAGAGAAGGAUCAUGGGCAGACAUACGAUUGAUGGAGAGAGAGAGAGAAAGAGAGAGAGCAUCUCCCAUCGCUACUAUGUGCCAUGGUCGGAUGGGGGGGGAGUUAUUCUUUUCUUUUUCUCUCCUCUCCUCUUCUCUCUUUUCUUCUUCUCUCCUCUCUUAUCUUCUCUCCUCUCUUCUCCUCCCCUCUUUUCCUCUCCUAUCCUCUCUCCUCUCCCACCCUUCUCCUCUCCUCUCAUCUCAUCUUUCCUCUCUCCUCUCCUCUCCUCUCCUCUGCUCUCCU